GAGCACAAAGUCAGCAAACAAAACGCACCAUGAAACAGGUAUUUUGUCUCGCCAUGCUGGCGUUACUGAGCGCAUCGCAGACCCAGGCAAAGAUUAUCAAAGUGGAGGUUCCGGUUCCGGUGCCGAUUCCCGUGCCGGAGAUUCAACACAUCGAGAAGCGCGUAUCUACCGUGAAGGAAGUUAAGGUCCCGUACAUCCAGGAGGUUCCUGAGGAGCACGUCGUGACGCACGUCAAAGAAGUCCCGGUAGUGAAAGAGGUGCCGGUCGUGAACGAGAUCACAGUGUACCGCGAUGUGGAGAUCAUUAAAGAGGUGCCGGUGGAAAAGGUGGUGCAUCGACGUGUUGAAGUUCCGGUGGAGGUAGUGCGCGAAGUCGAGCUCUUGCGGGAAGUGCCGGUGAUCAAGGAAAUUCCCCACGUGAAGGUGGUUAAAGUGAUCAAGGAAGUGCCCGUUGAGGAGAUCGUAGUGAAGGAUCUGCCCGUUGCGGAGCCAUACCCGGUAAAGGUACCGAUCCAUGUGCCCGUGCCAGUGCAGGCGCAGGAGUUGCACCUGACCAAGCUGAACAAGUUCCCGCAUCUGCACGGUCUCAAGGCAAUGCUGGGUUAACCGAACAGAAACGUCCGCGCGUUAGACGUUAUUCCAUAAAAAAACUCUCUCCUUCAAUCCAUGUAAUAUUCAUGCUAAUAAAAAGAAAAACCUAACUUAU